AUGAUGAGCCUCAAUCCUUUACCUUGUGAAAUAGUUACACGUUGCUUUUCUUACUUGAGCACAGAAUUACUCACCGAUAUUAUACUAUUGGAGAACAUUCCUGAUCAUAUCCUCCAAGCUGCAGCUGACAAUCUCAAUCAUUUAUGCUAUUCAAAGAGAAUUCUAGGGGUCGAAAAGGAAAGACUUGAAGGUAGUGAAGGUAUUCAAGGAAUUGAAGCCUACUAUGAAACCGGUUUCAAUCGGUUUUUACGCAUACACAAAGUCCUUGAAGAAAAGUCACUCAAAUGUCCUCUUUGGUUCCAUUGUACAUGGAACAACACUUUUCAAAUGCACAAAAACCUCAAUGAAAUAAACUUAGUUUAUAACGACCAAACUUUAGGCAUCCAUGCCGACCUCGAAGACCCGGCAUUUCAAAUCUAUCCUGUUUUUUCGGACCAUAAUAUUAAUCUCAAGAUUAAUUGCCUUUCAUUGAAAGCCUUUUCUGAUUGUUGUAUCGAUUUGAACAAUUUCCCAAAAUUGGAGACUUUUUAUGGCUAUAAUUGCGAAAUAAGCGUUAACCACGAUCACCCCAGCUUGAGGGUCAUAUAUCUCAAUCAGGUGACAUUCAGCUCAUUACCGACUAAUUUGAUAAAGUUAGUAACAUCAAGGUGUCGCAUAAGGAUGAGCGAAUCCCAUCCAAAACUAGGAGCUCUCACAGUGUUGGUUCUAGAAAAUACGCUAGAACCUUUCGAUUGCUCCUCGCUACUACAAGCACUCUGGAACAAAGGUUUGGAACAAUUUACGUAUAUCGGUCGAGGGGUCAUAGAGGAGGAUGAGAUCAGAGGGGAAAACGAGGAGGAUGAAAGUCGAGGGGUAAUAGAGGAGGAUGAGAUCUUCGCAUUAGUUGGUCCCAAAGUGACAACUCUUGGAUUUUCUGGUUCAAUUUCGGCUAGGGUUCCCAGGCUGCUACACUCAAUAUACUCCAUAAAUGGAGGAAGCCUCGAGAAUUUGAGUGCUUUUACCCAUAUGACUUCCCUUACAUUACAGCUGCCAGCAGGUAACAUCAACAGUUGUGAGUUACCGCCAAACUUGCUCAGACUAACAGUAAAUCUGCCAGAAGGUACGAUUGACAGAUUAAAAUUACCGAUCAACUUGCUCAAACUUUCAAUCACGUCUGCUAAAUUUGAGGACUUGGCAAAAGUUGAAUUCCCUCCCAACUUGGUUGACCUCAAAUUGGAGCUGUGUGAUAUAACUCUGACUACGGACUGGCUAAAACCAGCCCAUUUGAUGAGACUCUCACUGAAGAUAAUAAGCUUUCAUCUUUAA